AAAAAGAACUCGGAUUCCCGGCGUGCUCCGCGCGCGGCGAGGCUGCUGGUCAGGCUGAGGAGAGAGGGAGGGUGUUUUCUGAGGCGGACCAAGAUGGCGGCGGCGGGGGGCUCCGGGUCCGCCGCUGCCGCUUCUCCUUCUCCCUCGGCGCCUUCUCCUUCCCCGUCCUCCUCGGGCUCCAUGGCGGCCAACGCGGCCUCGUCCUCGUCGAACCCCCGCAAGUUCAGCGAGAAGAUCGCGCUCCAGAAGCAGCGGCAGGCCGAGGAGACGGCGGCCUUCGAGGAGGUGAUGAUGGAGCUGGGCACCACACGGUUGCAGGCCCAGAAGCUGCGCUUGGCCCACGGCCGCGGGCCCUACUGCUACGGCGGAUCCCUGCCCAACGUCAACCAGAUCGGGAGCGGCGCCCCCGAGUUCCAGAGCCCCCUGCACUCGCCCUUGGACCCCAUGCGUGGGGGCGCCCGGCACCACCGCCUGGUCAAGCAGGUCCAGCGUGACCCCCGGCGCAUGAUGUCCCCGCUGCGCCGCUACAUGCGCCAGAUCGACAGCUCUCCCUACAGCCCCGCCUAUCUCUCGCCCCCCGCAGAGCCCACCUGGAGGAGGGCCGGGCCGUGGGGCAGCUUCCCUGCCGAGAAGGGACACCUCUUCCGCCUGCCCUCGGCGCUCAACAGAACCAACUCGGACUCGGCCCUGCACACGAGCGUCAUGAACCCCAACCCGCAGGACCCCUACCUGGCCGCCUCCCAGGGGGGGCCCCCGCUGCCCAACCGCAAGGCAGGUUACCUGGAGAACGACAUGGACAGCAAAGUGUUUCUUUUCCAAGUGCCUUCCAUCGAGGAGAGCUUCCUGGACGAAGGAGGCAAGCAGCUCCUCAAGCCCUGGGACACUAAAAAGCUCUCCUCGUCUUCCGCUCGCCCGAGGUCCUGCGAGGUGCCCGGCAUACACAUCUUCCCGUCGCCUGACCAGCCGGCUCCGCUGCCGCUGCUCCCGUCCCCGCUGAACACGGGGGGCUCCCUGCCGGACCUGACCAACCUGCACUUCCCGUCCCCGCUGCCCACCGCCCUGGACCCCGAGGAGCCGCCCUUCCCCAGCCUCAGCGGAGGCAGCAGCACCGGCAACCUGGCCAGCACCUUGACCAACCUGGGCAUCAGCGGAGGCGGCGGCGGCGGCGGCGGCGGGAUGGGCCUCGGACCCCCGUACGACCCCCCAGGCCUGUGCCCGGCGCUGGGCGGCUCCCUGAGCAACCCCUGCCUGCAGUCCUCCCUGCUGGGCCGGCCCCUGCGGCCCCCCACCUCUGCCUCUUCCGCCUCCGCCUCUGCCGCGGGGGGCCCUUCCCUGGGCCCCUCUUCCUCUUCCUCGUCCUCCUCGCUGCAGGGCUCCCUGAGCAACCCCUCCUUGCGCUCCUCGCCCAGCGGGGGCUGCUCUUCCUCCUCCCCCUCCUCCUCCUCCUCGGCCUCCUCCUCGCUGCCCUCCUCCCUCAGCAGCCAGUCCUUCUCCUCCUCCUCCCUCAGCAACCCCUCGCUCUCUUCCUCCCUCAGCAACCCCUCGCUCCCCUCUUCUUCCUCUUCGCUCGGCAGCAACCCCUUACCCCCGCUGCCCCACCCCGGCCCGGACCCCAACGCUUCCUCUUCCACUUCCGCUUCCUCUUGCGCUUCCUCCCCGCGCCGCCGGGGCCCCCACCCGCCACUCAGCCCCCUGACCCUCCCUCUGAGCGCAGACGCCAGGAGGCAGCCGCCGCAGCCGCCACCGCCGCAGCACCAAAAACAGUUCUCGCCCACCAUGUCUCCCACACUCUCCUCCAUCACGCAGGGGGUGCCCUUGGACACCAGCAGGCUCCCGGCCGACCAGCGCUUGCCCCCCUACCCCUACGGCCAGGCUUCGGGCCUGCUCCUCCAGCCGGGACACAAGCCCCUCCACCAGGGCAUGGCCUCGCAACAACAACAACAACAGCGCCAGCAACAACAACAACAACAACAGCACCAGCAGCACCAGAUGGCCCACCACCAGCCCCACAUGCAACAACAACAACAACAGCACCACCAGCCGCCACCCUGCAAUUACCCCAUGCAUUACCAGCCCAACUCCAUGUUCCAGCACCAGUUCAACCAGCCGCUGGGUGACUUCGGACUGGGAAAUUUUGACCAGUAUGGCUUCAUGGACAACGUGAGCGGAGGAUUCUCCUUCAACAGCAACUUCCCGGACGACUUGGGCGCCUUCAACUGCUUCCCGGGCGACGGCUCAGGCGGGGGCGGCGGGGGCGGAGGGGGCCCCUCCGGGGGCCACGACCCCCACCUGCUCAACCGGCAGAACCUGAGCCACUGCAGCCGCCACGGCCCCAUCCCCAACAUCAUCCUCACCGGGGACUCUCCCCCGGGGAUCUCCAAGGAGAUUGCCUCGGUCUUGGCCGGGAUGCCGGGCUUCGAGAUGGCGACGGCGGCGGCCUCCUCGUCCUCGUCGUCGUGCUCCCCCCUGGCGCUGGAGGAAGACCUGCGCAUCGAGCCGCUGACGAUGGACGCCUUCAACAUGCUGAGCGACCCCUUUGCCCCGCUGACCGACACGGCCGUGGAGGACUCCUUCCGCACCGACCGCCUCCAGUGAGAGAGAGAGCGGGAGACUCCCCCUCCCCUCCCCGGAGACCCCUUCGCGAGCCGAGGAAGCAAACAAAGCCACAUCGCGUUGGCGCUGCUUUGGUGCUGCGCCCGCCGCCGCGCCAGGCUCCUUUGGGGGGCUCAGGGGGGCUCCGGACCCAAAAGAUACAGGUGCAACCCCCCCCCCUUGCCAUUUGGGCCCCUUUCUGUAUUUCUGGCGAAAUACAGCCUCUCUAGGCCUUUCCCAGGUCCUCCCAAUACAACUCUAUGGCAUCUUUGGGAUGUUUAUCAACUCCUAGGGAAAUACAGCCCCUCUAGGCUUUUCCCAGGUCCUCCCAACACAACUCUAUGGCAUCUUUGGGAUGUUUAUCAACUCCUAGGGAAAUACAGCCCCUCUAGGCUUUUCCCAGGUCCUCCCGACACAUCUCUGUGGCAUCUUUGGGAUGUUUAUCAACUCCUAGGGAAAUACAGCCCCUCUAGGCUUUUCCCAGGUCCUCCCAACACAACUCUAUGGCAUCUUUGGGAUGUUUAUUAACUCCUAGGGAAAUACAGCCUCUCUAGUCUUUUCCCAGGUCCUCCCAACACAACUCUAUGGCAUCUUUGAGAUGUUUAUCAACUCUUAGGGAAAUACAGCCUCUCUAGGCUUUUCCCAGGUCCUCCCAACACAACUCUAUGGUAUCUUUGGACUGUUUAUGUCAUAUUGUCAAAAUAAUAUCCUUUUUUAAUGACCCUCUUUUGCUAGCAAAGGGCCUCUAGCAUUUUGGGGAAGGAGGGAUGGAGGGGGAUGCAAAAAAAAAAUGUCUCCUUUCCGGGGGUCUCCUCGUCAUUCUUCUAUAUAUAAAUAUAUAUAAAUAUAUAUAUUUUUAAGCAGCCCCGCUCUGUACAUAAUUAUCCGCCCCUCCCUGGGUCACCCACCCCCCCC